GCAGCGGCUCCCCGUACUCGGUUGCUAGGUGACGGGCACUGGAGAAUCGGGCCUGUGUGCUAUCACUAGGCCUGUGUGGCAGUGUUAUUUAUUUAUGGAUUCAUCAUUCUAGUAUAUGACCGGACUUCUGUACUGCUGAGCCGGGGAAUAUCACACAGGCAGCCACCCGUCAUGUUCCGAUGGCUUCUGGGCAGCAGAGAGCCUCAGGGCGGCGGGGAGAAGUCCGCAAUAUUAAACAUCGGAGAAGAACAGACACAGAACCCUUAUACAGAGCUGACAGCUCUAAAAGCCCACCUUGAUAUUGUGCGAUUCCUUGUUCAAGUAGAUGACAACAGGUUUGCAUCCGCUUGUGACGAUGGCUCAGUCUUGGUUUGGGAUGUUCAGACUGGAGAAGUGCUUUUUGAGCUCCUCGGGCACACUCAGAAGAUCACCGCUAUUGUUGUAUUCCCAGGAAAUGAACCAGAUGGCGAAAGAGUUGACCUUAUCCUGACUGCAUCUUCUGAUAAGACAGUCAUUGGCUGGGAUUGUGAAAGUGGCCAGCAGUUGCAGAAGGCCUCAGACUUCCAUUCUACAGUAAAGACUCUAAUGGGACUUCAGAGCCUGGAUGUGUGGCUGUCUGGUGGGAGUGAACUUCGUGUGUGGAAUCGGGAUUUUAAGCUCCUGGCUGAGUCUGACUUCUUUGCUGAUGGAGGUAUUGUCACAAUGAUUGAACUUGCCAAGAACUGUAUCGCUACAGCAAUUGGAAGAGAUCUGAUAAUCUUCAAACUAGGUGCUGCAGCCACAGGAUCUGAUAAAUGGGAUAUUUCUCAAGUUAAAUGCAUUUCCGUACACCAAGAUAUUAUUCGAACAUUGAUAAAUGUUAACGAGCUAUCAUUUGUAAGCGGCUCCCAUGCAGGGGAAUUAAUAGUGUGGGAUGCAUUAGACUGGUCAGUCCAAGCUUUUGAAAGAAACCUCUCUCGCAUCCCUUCAUCCCAAGAUGUACCACAAGAGAAUAAAAUGCUACCAGUGCAGGAGGAGGUAUCCAUCCAACACAUUGCAUCUGACGGAGAGUGCAUCUAUGUGGCCGUGGGAAGAAGUAUCUACGUGUACAACAGUCACACUAAGCGAGUGAUUGCUUAUCAAAAGAAUGCUCAUGACUCCGAUAUACAGCACAUGGCAAAUAUUCCUAACAGGCAGUUAGUUUCUUGCUCAGAAGAUGGCAGUGUUCGCAUCUGGGAGCUAAAAUCAAAGCAACAGCUUCAGGCUGAGUCUGUCCCAGCAGGUUUUUUCAGUAUAUGGGGUUUUGGAAAAUCUGGCAGACACUCUAAUCAUGCAGUAAAGAAGACCCCGGAUAGCGGCAUUGUAGCCUCGCUGGAGCUGAUCGGGGAUUUGAUUGGACAUUCUUCUUCUGUACAGAUGUUUCUGUAUUUUCAUGCUCACGGUCUAGUAACGUGUUCCGCUGACCACCUCAUUAUCAUAUGGAAAGAAGGGAAACAGGUAUCCAGAUUGCGCAGCCUGUUGCUUUUUCAAAAACUGGAACAAAAUGGUGAUUUACAGCCACGAUUCUCUCUGCACUAAGCCAAACGGUCUGCCUGGUUAAAUGGUCCUAUUACCAGAGAUAAUACAGUACAAAACUAAUGCAUUGCAAAGCUUGUUUUUAUGUUCAAGGUUAAUUUUUUUAAUUUUUUUAAAGAAAUCCUAAUGAACAACCGAAAACCACAAAACUGCCGAUGAUUACUUAAUCAUUUUUUUAUGCUUACAGAUGUUUUUUUUUUCUUCUUUUUCUUAAAUUCCGCUAUCUGGUUAUUUGCUGUUGUGGCAGCUAUAGUUAUCCAAUGUGGGUGAAUGGGAAAGCUCUCUCAGAUGAAUGAGAAGUCACACCUGCCUUUUAGAUAGUUCUCAUAUUUUCAUAUACUCUCUGCUGUGAAUACGCUAAAAAGAACCACUAAACCUGUCUAGUGUGUCACUGUGCCAAAAGUAUUACAAAUGAGAACAUUUUGCAUGACGCAAAAAAAAAAGUGUAAAUGGAUUAUAUCUAUACUGAAUGCAGUUCUAUUCAUAUACCAGGUCUGUAGAAAACAGCUUUCAUAUUGUGUAAUGCAGUGUUUCCCAACCUCCGUCCUCAAGAAGGCACACUAACAGUCAAGGUUUUAGUGAUAUUCAUGCUUGACCACAGAUGGUUAAAUCAAAAUAACUGAGGUACUAAUUAAGGCAUCUGUGCUAAAGUAUGAAUAUCGUUAAAACCUGGACCGUUAGUGUGCCUUGAGGACCAGGGUUAGGAAUCUGUAACGUAAUGAGAAGCACAAGCAAUGAGAAGCUAUACUCAUUAAUUUUACAGACUGUCCAUCUGUUUGUUUUCCGGUGACAUGCUGUGCAAUAUGGUGAAUUAUUAUUACCGGUUUUCGUAUGUGGAAACGUUUGAGUUGCUAGGCCACACAUGUAUAGCAGUGUUUCUUGUUCAGAGACUCAUUUGCACUAGAUCUUAUUAUGGUUUGUUUGCUUUUUGUUAUGUUCAGCGCUGCAAUCCUGCUCAAUUGAAUACUUACUGAGCAGGUAACUAUUUUUUUAUUUUACAUGCUUGUGAAAAAAUGUUUAUGUUAUUUUUAAAACCUGUUAUGAUCAGUUGUUAUACCUUGCUAAGGAAAUAUAUCAUUUGCAUGUAUAUAUACUGGAAUGGAAUGUGAUCAUUUACAGACCGUAGCUAUAGUCUCAUGAAUUUCCCAUCUAUCCAGUGAUGUAUUUGCACCAUCUUGUGGCCAGUUGGGAAUAUUACACUAGUGACCAUCCUAAAACAACAGUUCAUUUCUCACAAGUACCGAGUGGAUGCACCAUAGAAUCUCCACCCUCUUCAUUCUAAUUGCAUGUGCUUCUUGGACUAUUAUUUUUCGACAAUAUCACUUAAUUGCAAGGUUCAUCUACAAGAAAUAUAUACAUAUAUAUGGCCAGAUACCAUCACUUGCUGUAAUAUUAUUCUUGGUAUAAAAAUUUUAUUUUAAAUUUCCACAAGGCAAAAUGUUUAUCAUGGGAAUUGUACAAAUUUAUUUAAAAUGUUCCUGGACAUAUAGUAUUGAUUCUAUAAUGGGAGAGAAGUAUAUGUACCGUUUUUAAUUUAUUUAUUUUUAAAUUCAAGUUUACAUGUGUAAACCUGAAAAAACAUCACUGUAUGUGCCAUUAAAUUCUGUCUGUGGUUCUAAAGUGAAACAGAUAAGAUUCACACAAAACAUGUAGGCAUACACAAUAUCUGUUUGUAGUAUUCCAUUGUUGAAUGGUGUCAAAAAGCAUUUGUUGUUUUUCACAAUUUAAUGUUUUCCAUUGAAAAUUUAAUUUUGUUUAUUGCUUGAAUUAAACAUUUUUUACUUUAAAAUUUGAAAA